AUGAGAAAUAUUGGACACAUACAAUUAAAAGAUAUGGAAGAAUCACAUGGUGAUAAUGAAGAGUAUGAUAUGGAUGGAGAAGUUCAUACAAAAGGAAAGAAAUCUUUUUCAGAUAGCAAAUUUUCAAUUAGAAAUAUUUACAAUUAUUUGACCGGAAGCAAUACAAAAAAAGCAAUUUUAAUAAUUUUCGUUUGUUCAAUUUUUAUUAUUUUCACAAUAGUUUUUUCAAUCGCAGCUAAACCACAAUUUGUUUAUUCAGAUAUUAAAUUACCAACCAAUAUUGUACCAAUACACUAUUUAGCUCAUAUAGAUACUGAUGUCAAUCCUAACAAUAAUUUUUCAUUUAGUGGUAAAAUUGUAGCAACUAUCAAUGUAACAAAUACAAAUAAAAAUAAAUUGGACUAUAUUGUAAUUCAUAGUGCGGAUAUUGAAACUUUAGAAAUCUCCAGUAUAUAUUUAGAACCAGUUUUAAACUAUAAACCCGAUAUUUAUCCAAACUCAACAGACCACGACGAAAAACUAGCAAUCGAACCAAACAGCAAAAUUUAUAAUUCAGACAACAGUUAUUAUAUUUUAUAUUUUAACGAUUUACCAAAACUAUAUACCAAAUACGGUACAAUUUUUAAAUUAUAUAUAGAAUAUACAGGUUCAUUAAAUAAUGAAGCAACUUUAUUAAGAGGCUUAUAUUUAUCGACAUAUGAAUCACCCCAAAAUAGUGGCAACUCAAAAUAUUUAGCAGUAUCACAGUUUGAACCAGUUGAUGCAAGAUUAGCAUUCCCAUGUUUCGAUGAACCAAAUUUAAAAGCAAAAUGGACCAUUUGGGUUUCACACAGCAACUCCUUCACACCACUUUCAAAUAUGCCAAUUCAAUCACAAAAACCUAUUCAAGAUAAUAGAACCACAACUAAAUUUAAUACAAGCCCAAAAAUGAGCUCAUAUUUAGUUUGUAUUGUAAUCCAUCAAUUCAAGAGUGUAUCUCAACUUUAUAUUAGAAAUGAUAAUACAACUGUUAAUGUUACUGUUUGGGCCGAAGACGAACUUAUCGACUAUGUUAACUACCCAUUAGAUAUGGCUAUCAAAUCAAUCAAGUUUUUCGAAGAAUACUUUGACAUUGAAUAUCCAUUACCAAAGAUGGAUUUAGUUGCCAUACCAGAUUUUGCUGCCGGUGCCAUGGAGAAUUGGGGUCUUUUAACAUUUAGACAAUCUGAUCUUCUUAUUAGCGAAAAAAGUUCUGACCAAGAAAAUAGACAACGUGUAAGUGAAGUAGUAUCCCACGAAAUUGCUCAUCAAUGGUUUGGAGAUUUAGUAACAAUGAAAUGGUGGAAUGAUUUAUGGCUUAAUGAAGGUUUUGCUACAUUCAUGUCAUAUAAAUGUAUGGAGAGUGUUUCAAAAGAUUUUGAUAGUAGAGAAAUUUUCCAAUAUAGUUCAAAACAACCAGGUUUAGAUGUUGACGCCUCACCAUACACCCAUUCAAUUUCUAAUAACUAUACCGAUCCAAUUGAUAUUAUGUCAUCUUUUGAUAGUGUAACAUAUGAUAAAGGUUCAAGUAUUUUAUUAAUGUUAGAAUCAAUGGUCGAUAGUAUUAAAGAAAAUGCUUUUAGAGAUGGUAUUCGUAAAUAUUUAAAGAAAUAUCAAUAUGGUAAUGCUAUGACAAAUGAUCUUUGGAAUUCAUUGUACGAAUCGAUCAACUUUAAUCCAAAGAUGGUUAUUCCAGAUAUUAUGAAUCAAUGGACAAGUCAAUCUGGUUUCCCAUAUUUAAUGGUAAAGAGUGUCAAUUUAGAAAACGGUACAUAUCAAAUAAGUCAAUCUAAAUUUAUUCAACCAAAUAUUACACAACCAAGCGAUUUUAAAUCAGAUUCUCUUUGGUGGAUACCAAUCAGAGUUAAAGACAAUUGCGAACGUGAAACUCUUAUCACUCUAUCAAAUGAAUCAAUGAGAUAUGUCAAUGGCCCAUCAAGGUGCGGUGCUGGUCCAUUUAUUGUUGCAAACUAUGACGCCACUGGUUUCUAUAGAACUCUUUAUGACCAGGCUACAUUCGACAACAUCUUAAAAAGACUUUCAUCCCCAAGCGAACAACCAUUCGAUAUAUAUCAAAGAAUCACUAUUGCUGAUGAUAUUUAUGCUUUCUCAAAAAUUGGUUUAAUCGAAACUUACAAAACACUCGAAGCCUAUAGUUACACUGUAGACACUAAGGAAACUGACUUUGUAGUAUGGAAAAAUAUUUUAAGCUUCCUCUCAUUUGUCCAUAAUCGUCUCGAAAGCCAACCAUGUUAUAUUCAAUUCAUAAAAAAAGCUCAAAAUAUUUUCACCAAGGGUUUACUUCCACAUAUAAUUAAAGAUUUAGAUCCAAAUAAGCCACUAAGUGAUUAUAGCUAUAAUGAUUUAGAAUUAAGAAAGUCUGCUUUCUCAAAAGUUAACACAUUAUCAAUUCCAGAUCUUAAAAAUCAUCUUUAUAAAAUUUAUCAAGAUAAUAUUAAUACACCCGAAAAAAUUGACCCUUCAAUUAGAGGCCCAUGCUAUUCAUCGAUUGUCAGAAAUGGUGAUAUUUCUGAAUAUGAAUGGGUUAUGGAUAGAUUUAAGAAAACCAAACUUAAUGAAAAAAUUGACUCACUUAAAGCUUUGGCAAAUCCAAAAGAUCCACAAUUAAUAUAUAAUACUUUAAGAAUGGUUAUAAAUGGUGAAAUUAGAUCACAAGACUAUUAUAUGGUUUUCAUUGAAAUGUCAUAUAGUCCAUAUGCUAGAGAAAUUGCUUGGAAUUUCUUUAUUCAAAACUUUGAAUUCUUUAAAUCACUCCCACCAGGCGAUAUAGGUAAAUUUGUUUAUUAUUUUGCCAAUAAUAUGGAUUCCCAAGAAAAAAUUGAUCAAAUUGUAAACUACUUUAAUGAAUCCCAUCCAAUUCCAUCAUCAUCGUUAGCAAACUCUAUUGCGGCAAUUCAAUAUAAUAUGAAUUGGGUCGAAAAUCAAGCUCCUCAAUUAUGUAAAUGGUUAGAUGAAAAUUAAACAAUCAAAUAACCAAAUAACCAAAUAAUAGUUAAUUAAAUCAAAUAAAAAAUUUUUAUUAUAUUAAUUAAUUGUUUUUUUAAAAAAAUAAAUUAUUAUA